GUGAUGUAUGAGAAUAAGAGGUCAAUUGAGAAAAGAAAAAGAAAUAAAAGAAAAAGAAAAAUUGAUAUUGGGAAGAAAAGACAAGAUGGUGAAACGAAUAAGAGAUACAAAUGUGAUACAGAAGAAAAGGCAGAAGAACCCUGGAAACUCCUAGAAGAAAUAAAACUUGAGGACAUGGAAAUAAAAAACGACAAGACUUUGCUUACAAGUGCUACAAAACAGAAAGACAAGACAUCUGAAGAAAGAAAUGACUACAUUGAUCAGCAAAGAAAUAUUUUCCUGUAUAAAAUUGGUUCACAGUUAGCGAACAAAGAUUAUGCUGUUGGACUCCUCCUGGGCCUGAGUGAUGCUGAUAUUGUCAACAUUAAAAGAAGUGAGCCACUAAAUGCUGCACAUUGGGGAUAUCAGAUAUUAUUACAGUGGUGGCAGAGACAUCCAAACAGAAUGCA